GUCAAUACUGUCAAUUGCGUCAUCAUUGCUGGGUUAUCUGUCAAAAAAAGUCUUACGUUUAAUUUUUCGGAUAAUGUAGCUAAUAUUUACAUAAAAUCGCCUAAAAUUGCAUCUUCAAAAUGUCUUCUUCGGCGAUAUACAUCUUGGACGUGAAGGGCAAAGUGCUCAUAUCACGGAACUACCGCGGCGAUGUGGACAUGGGUGUCAUUGACAAGUUCAUGCCGUUACUCAUGGAGAAGGAGGAAGAGGGCAUGCUGACGCCCCUGCUGCAGACCAGCGAGUGUACGUUUGCCUACAUCAAGACCAACAACCUGUACAUUGUAUCAACAACCAAGAAAAACGCUAACAUUGCACUGGUUUUUGUAUUUUUGUACAAGAUUGUAGAAGUUAUGGCUGAGUAUUUCAAAGAACUCGAAGAGGAGAGUAUUCGCGACAAUUUUGUUGUGAUCUACGAGUUGCUGGAUGAGCUGAUAGAUUUUGGCUAUCCACAAACUACUGAUAGUAAGAUUCUUCAAGAAUACAUCACUCAGGAAGGCCACAAGUUGGAAAUGCAGCCGAGAAUACCAAUGGCGGUUACAAACGCUGUAUCAUGGCGGUCUGAAGGCAUAAAAUACAGGAAAAAUGAAGUGUUCCUUGAUGUGAUUGAGUCUGUCAAUUUGUUGGCCAAUUCAAAUGGCAAUGUUUUGCGGAGUGAAAUCGUUGGUGCAAUUAAAAUGAGGGUAUAUCUAUCUGGUAUGCCCGAACUGCGGCUUGGCUUGAAUGAUAAGGUUCUAUUUGAAAGCACUGGAAGGGGCAAAUCAAAAUCUGUUGAACUUGAAGAUGUCAAGUUUCACCAGUGUGUCAGACUGUCCCGUUUUGAAAAUGAUCGGACAAUUUCAUUCAUUCCACCUGAUGGGGAAUUUGAGUUAAUGUCCUAUAGAUUAAACACGCAUGUGAAGCCUUUGAUCUGGAUCGAAUCUGUGAUUGAACGUCAUGCCCACUCCAGGGUGGAAUACAUGAUUAAAGCCAAGUCUCAAUUCAAAAGACGUUCAACCGCUAAUAAUGUUGAGAUCAUCAUUCCAGUGCCGGCUGAUGCUGAUUCUCCUAAGUUUAAAACCACAAUUGGUAGUGUGAAAUAUACUCCAGAACAGAAUGCCAUUACUUGGUCUAUCAAAUCAUUCCCAGGAGGCAAGGAGUACUUGAUGAGAGCUCACUUUGGUUUGCCAUCAGUAGAAUGUGAGGAAGUAGAUGGUAAGCCACCUAUCCAAGUAAAGUUUGAAAUCCCCUACUUCACUACAUCUGGCAUUCAAGUUAGAUAUCUCAAAAUCAUUGAGAAGAGCGGCUAUCAAGCCCUGCCGUGGGUGCGAUACAUUACCCAGAAUGGAGACUAUCAGUUAAGGACAAACUAACACAUUUAACACAUUCCUUCUUUACUUAAGUUUGCACGAUAUGUUAUCUGUUUGCAAGUUAAAUCCAUUGUCAUUGUUGUAGGUAUAU